AUGGCCCUUAGGCCAAUUGGCUGGAUAUGUGGAGAGAUUGUCAGGAAAUUUGCUGGACAAGCUGGGGUUAUACAGAGAGCCAUCUUGGAAGUUAUAGAUGAGAUUAGGGAUGAAUUUCCAAAUCUAUUGAGGCUGACACGUUCAAACCAGGAAACAAAUCCCAGGGUGCAGAAAUCUGAGUCAGUUAUCACCAGGGUAUUCUAUUCAGCUCAUGGAGCUAUCAUUAUGAAUGGGCUAACUACACUAUCACAGUCUUCAAACUCCAUUGCAAAAGUCUUACAGCCGCAACUUGUUAGAAAAUUAACAGAGUUAAAUAUCUUAUCACGACGCCUUUUGAGAACAUCAAAUACUCCCAAGCAGCCUUUGUAUAAGAUAAAAGACAAGAAAGUCUUCUUUUAUGAUAUUAUUUCCUACCCAGCAAAGGCUGCCCUUACCAGCUUAAUGUGUGCUUCUUAUGCAGCAUUAAUUUUUCUGGCAGUCUCCAUUAACAAAUUGCUGGCAAAAUUAAAAGGCAUCAUUGAAACAGAAGACACUUCUAGAGAAAGCAGCAGUGAAGAUGUGGAUGAAAAUGGAUUUCCCAAAGACCCUGAAGCAACUUCCCCCCUUCAACAAGACUCUUCAAUACUUCCUAUUAAAGCAUCACAAAAGAGUGGAAGCAUCCAUACUCUACUAUCAGCAGUGGAUCAAGAAAGUGAACAAUAA